AUGUCUGACGGAGAAGAACCAACGUCCCCCGUGGUGGCCGAAGCCGACGAAGUCGAAGUCUCUGGAGAUGCCGCAUCCAAAGGUGCCACCUGCUGCUACUUGCGAUACUCUGUUAGGCUUAAGGAAAGUCGAUUGCUUCCAAUCCGUCAUUUCAAUCCACUAACAUCCUACUACAGAGAAGCAUCCAAAGCACUGGAUCGUCGCCAAGCACAUGUUUGCAUUCUCAACGAAGCAUGCGAGGAGGAGGCAUACAAGAAGUUGGUUGUUGCGCUGUGCUCCGAGCACAAGAUCCCCUUGAUCAAGGUUCCGGACGGAAAGCAAUUGGGCGAGUGGGCUGGUUUGUGUGUGUUGGACCGCGAGGGAAACGCACGCAAGGUUGUCAACUGCUCUUGCGUUGUCGUCAAGGAUUGGGGUGAGGAGUCUCAAGAACGAUCCAUCCUUCUCAACUACUUCCAGACUGAGCAAUAA